AUGGAGAACUUCAAUGCUGAUCCAGCCUCGAAGACACCCAGUUUGACACAGAGACGGAAGGAAUCUUACUCGCAAGAAGGCCACAACAGCAGGCUAAGGGCCACGGUGGAGGAGCUGCAGACGGCCAGCCUGCUCCAGGAGGAGAUGCUGAAGGAAUCCAGUAGCCAGAUCGACUAUCUGAAAAAGUUGGUCCAGGGCCAUGACGAUGUGUUCGAACAGCUCCGCAGUCUUCUCCUGCACUACGAAGGUGGUCCGGACCAGAACACGUAUGGAUACGAAACCGUUGCGAAUGUCCGGGUUUCCUACUUGCCCACUGCUUUCGCCAGGAUUCUCCAGGACUUCGAAACGGAGGUGUUGCGCUUGAAAAGCAAGUUUGUCCCACUGGAAGAGCAAAUAGAUAUGUUGCAAAGAGAAUCGCAGUCGAAAACCGAAAUUUUGCUUCAGCAACAUCAGGACAGUGUCGAGAGGCUGAUCGGGGAACAUGAGCAGGAUCUGGAAGUACUGAGGGAGGCAGCGAAGGCUUCCCACAGCCAUGCCAACAAUAUUCAAAGCCAGAUGGAAAUCAUUCAAGAACAAGCCAAAAAUCAGAAAUCUUUGUAUACGCGCCAAAUCAGUCAGCUGGAAGGCACCAUUUCUCAACUGCGCUCUGAGCUACGGGAAGCCAUGAGGAUGUCCCAGGAUAAGAUAGAAGAUCUGGAGAAGCAGCUGCACCUGGUUCACUCUGAGAUGACUGAAGCUCAGAUUGAAAGGGAUCAAUACAGCCAAGAGACUGGAAACUUAGAUGAUGAGGUUCAGCAAUUGUUGGCUGAUCUCCACAAGAAGGACGUAGAACUGAAUCUGGAGAAGGAGCAGAACAAGAGGCUCUGGGAUCGAGACACGGGCAGCAGCAUCACCAUCGACAACCUGCGGAGGGAGCUGGACAACAAGAACAUGGAGCUGCAGCGCCUGGACUCCGUCGUCAGGUCCUUGCAGAUGGAGUGUGAAGGACAAGUUCAGCGUCAGAUGUCCGCAAUUAAAGAGAGGAACGACAGCCUAGAGAGGGAAUCUUGCAUCUUGGCCCAGCUGAAUUCAACCAAGGAAAAGCUCCAUAAAGCUUCCCAAGAGCUGGGCGAACGGAAAUUGAGCCUGGAUUCUGCAGAGAGAGUCAUCGCCGAACUCAGGUGUUCUCAACUGGAGAAGGAAAGAGUUAUCGAGCGCACCAACAGCGAGAUUGAGAAGCUGCGGGGACGCGUGGACAGCAAGCGGCAGGAGUUCCAGCAGCAAAACGAGAGCGAGCUGUUGCGGGGAGUGCAGUCCGAGUGCGAGUCCCUAAAGGUGCAGCUGGGGAAGGAGAAGGUGAUCGAGAUCCUCCAGAAGCAGAUCGAGGGCAUGACUGAGAUCGUAAGCCAACAUGGCCGGACGGCGGGCGCCAUGGAGACAGAGAAGUCUCAACUCGUAAAAGAAGUCGACGAGAAGAAGGUCGAACUCCAGGAACUGAAGGUUUCACAAGACAAAAAGGAUAGCCGGAUCCGUGAGUUGGAGGCCAGCCUGAGCGACAUGGAAUUAGAAAAGGUGAAACUGAUGAACGUGUGCUCGGAAAGGCUGCGGGUACUGAAAGAGAUGAAACUAGAGCGAGAAGAACUUGUGAAUGAAAUCACCAACCGCAUUGAGCUCAGUGCUCUCGCAGAGGAAGCAGAAAUCAUCAAGAAUGAUUACCGAGAAGAACGAAGACAUGGAAACCAUUGUGAACAAGCUGAAGAGCAGCUGAAAACUGCUCAGAUUGAACUGGAGCAAACCAGGGCCACUCUCAAGACCAUGGAGGGCUCGGAUGGCCAUGCCAUGAAAGUCGCGAUGGGGAUCAAGCAAAUCACAGCCAAACGAGGCCAGAUCGAUGCCUUGCAGAGCAAGAUUAAGUUCUUGGAGGAAGCCAUGACGAAUGCAACUAAGGUCCAACUUGCUGAAUUAUUCAACUGCGAUAAAAGUAGCCCAGUCCCAAUCCUCAGGCCAAACGUUGAAAGAUUGUUAUGGUGUAGAAAACAUUACUUGAAAGAAGAUAGGAACCGAUUAAGUCAAGAGCUGAGCUGCAUGGCUGCUUUAAACAACAAAUUGGCUGGAGAGUUAGAAAUCCUAAAGUCCCAGGAUAAGCGUUUGAAAGAACUGGUGACGAUGGAAGCCGCUCUAGAUAAAGCAUCUCUGCAGUUUGCGGAGUGUCAGUGCAUCAUUCAGCGGCAGGAACCAAGAAGUUAUGCGCUACAAGCUUCAGACACAUUAGACGUGAAAGAGUUGCAGGGACCAGGAUACACUGUGGGUUCCGCCUCACUGAAGCAGCGCUAUUCAUCCUUGCCUCACUCAUCCAGCGCACCGUCGUGUCAAACGGUCGCAGGCCACAUCUCUCAUAUGCCGUCCAAGCUUAAAUACGCCAAGGAGGAUCCGCUGCGCGAUUUAAAACAACUCCUUCAAGAGCUGCGAAGUACCAUCGAUGAAAUACCUUCUGCCAUUCUCCCCACAGCAGAAAGUGACAGCGACCCUGACAGUUCUGUCUCUCGAUACAGGGAGUCUGCGGUCAGAGACUUACCUUCAGAGGUGACCAGGGGGCAAGAAGCAUACAGCAGGGAUGCCUUAACCUACAUACUGCAGAUCUUGAAGGUCAAGAAUCGGCUUUCCCUUUUACAUCCAGUGGUGAGCUUCCCCUUGGACAUUAAACGAGGAAACCAGAGAUGGUAUUCAGCCAAAACCUCUUUUGAGGACCGAUACAAAGAUAGGUCUCCUGUGCACUCCUUGCUAACGGCUCCUUUGGAUGACCUUAAGGCGGCUCCUGCCCCUUGCUUCGAACGACGGUCCAGUCUGAAGAAGAACAGCUCCCCCCCAGAAGUCACAACUACGACCACCAGUCGAAGUGUUUCUUUCAGCACCUCUGCUUCGAUUCAAACGGGGGAAUCCAGUGAAAACGCUUGCAGGAAAUUACAGAAUAAGAUGGAGAAUCUACAAAACCUCGUGGAAACCAUGCAGUUGAAAAACCAAGCAAUGUCCACUAUGAUCAGAUGUCAGGAAAAGAAAAUAGAGCAAGCCAAGGAGAAAGAGAAGAAGCUCUCCAAAUGAAUACACGGGCACGGUUUUCAACCCCUUAAAAAGAGGUAUCCAGAUUGCAUCUCGCCGAGUAGAAUGUAUUUUAAGCCUCCAAUUCUUGUUAAUAAUAAAAGUUGACAUAGUUUUG